AGGAUGUGCUCAGCCAAUGGAGACUGAUGCAGAGCGCACUGCGCAUGUGCGACUCAGUGCACUGUUUGAGACGGAAGACUGCGGAGUGUAUCUCCACAUACUGCGAACCACAGGAAAAACUCAAGAAAAGUGCUGGGUCAGGUCAGAUCAGAAGCAUGUCAGGGUUUCUGGACGGGAUCAGAUGUGGCGAUUGCGAGUGUAAUGUGGACUGGGGUGAGAAGAGAAACGCCAUCGCCUCCAUCGCAGCCGGAGUUCUGUUUUUCACAGGCUGGUGGAUCAUCAUCGAUGCUGCGAUAAUGUACCCUAAAGAGGAACAGUUCCACCAUGCAUAUCAUACCUGUGGGGUUAUAGCGACUAUAGCCUUCCUCAUGAUCAAUGCGGUGUCAAAUGGCCAGGUGAGGGGCGACAGCUACAGCGAGGGCUGCUUGGGACAGACAGGUGCCAGAAUUUGGCUCUUCAUCGGGUUCAUGUUGGCGUUCGGGUCUCUCAUCGCCUCUAUGUGGAUUCUGUUUGGUGGUUUUGUUGUGACUGAUCAUAAGGAGUUGUCGGUGUAUCCUGGUAUUGCGGUUUUCUUCCAAAAUGCUUUCAUCUUCUUUGGUGGUCUGGUGUUCAAGUUUGGCCGAACUGAGGACCUCUGGCAGUAAAGAUCCCUUUCCUUCAGUCAAAUCCCACAGUCCAUCAACACACAAUUCCUCUGUACUUAUUGCUGCUUAUUUGCACUCUCUCUUUCUUUCUCUCCCCUUUUCAACUCCUCAGCUGACUCCCGUUCUUAAAUAUGUUCCUCCUUCCUUUGUCUCGUUUCCUGUGUGGCCACACAGGGGGAAAAUCUUUAGAAAUUUUGUGCAAUGUGCAGAUUUGAGAACAUACUCCUUUCAUAUUUGCGGCUCAACCUUCAGUCAGCUGAUAUCACUACAAGCGCUUUAUUUUACGUCUUUCUUUUGGAAUUUUUUUUUUUAUAUUGCGUUAUAUGGGUUCCCACGCUUUUUUCCAGUCAUUCAGUUGUUUAAUUUGAAAAUAUUAAACAGACUGCACUGAGCACAAGCAGUUUCUUAUAGCUGAGCAUAACUAGAAACAUGUAUAUUCACUGUCAAUAUUUUUAAUUUCUGUGCAUCUAGUAAAACCAAACAGCCUAUUUCUCUGAGUUUUUCUUGACUGUGGGAAGCCUGGAUACAGUUGUGCUCAAAAUUAUUCAUACCCUUGGCCUUGGUAAAUAUGAUCAAAGAAGGCUGUGAAAAUUAAUCU